AUGACUAGUACUCCUUUUGUUAAGUCUAUUGACCACAUCGCUUCAUACCCUCCUGUUGCAAGUGUCACCUCAUAUGCGCUUCACUUCAGUUUAAUUAAUUACAUUUACACACAAUAUCUCGGACUUUUUACUUUAGCCGACGAUAAGGUACUCACACCAUACUUUGGAGAUUUUUUAAGUACUGUUGAUGAAAAAUUUGACACUUUAGUCUUGGGUAACUUUGACACCUACGUCACACCAUACUUACCAACCAUCUCUACCCUUGACGACAUCAACCCAAUCACCUUCACCUCGAAGCACGUUUUGGCUCCAGUUAACACUGUUGUCUACGACACUGCUGAUAAGUACUUGCCAGCUACUGCUACUGAAAACAAGCCAGUUUUCAAGUUGUCAGAAUUAACCGAAACUUCAGAAUUAUCAAAGUCCAUCGAAAUUUCGAAGGAGAUCUUGUCAAGAUUAUCUACAUUAAUUACAUCGAAGCUGACUGAAAUCUCUUCUCACUUACAAACUACAUACAAUGAAGAAUUAGAGCACUUGAGUGAUAAGGCCGAAAAGGAAGUUAGCAACGUUCAAAAGCACGUCACUGCUUCGUACCUGACCUCCCUUAAAUUAGCGCAAGAUUUAAACAAGACCUACAUUCAGCCAUUGAAGGCUCAAACCCAAGACUAUGUUGUUGAAGUUGCAACUACCACCAAGAACAGAGCAGAUUCAUUAAUCUCCGAAGCCAAACACGGUAUUAGCAAUUCAGUUUCCUCAAUCAACAACAAGGGUGAAGAAAUUCUUAACCAAACCUCUUCUGCUAUCCCAGUCAACUAA